CAAAUUCAAAUUUCAUUCAAACACAAUCUGCAGCACACCAAUCAACAAACCGCCGUCAAGGCCAAACUGAUUGACUUUCAAAUUUCGCGAUAUUCGUCGCCUGUUUUGGAUUUGGUGCACUACCUUUACGCCUGCACAGAGAAGUCGCUUCGAGAUGCACACUUUCAUGAAUUUAUGCAAAUCUACUAUGACACUUUGGCACAGUUUAUACGCGACUACCAACUGGACCCAAUAGUAUUGUAUCCCGAAGCAGUAUUCAGACAGCAAUUGCGCCAAUUCGGUGCAUAUGGCUUUUGUAUGUCUGCUUUUUCAGUGCCGUUUUUUGUAUCGAACGCCAGUGAAUUACCCGAUUUGGAUGAAGUGUCUGAAGCGAUACAAGAACUAUCAUCAUCGGAUACUUCGGAUGCGGAUGAAGCUGAAAGUCCGAGUGAAAAGACGCAGCAUAAGAGUAGCAAAAAUAACAGAACAAUAUCGCCUAAGAAUCAAAGCGCCGUAGAAUUAAUCGAUGAAUACGAUCUCUUGACAGAGCGUACCUUGCCAAUAUUCAAAAAGCGUAUGAUUGGAAAUAUUUUGGAUUUGCAGAAAUAUGAAAUGAUUGAAGCCAUAUUCAAAUGCUAGUGAAAGGUGUAGAUUGAAAUGUAUAAAUUAGUAAUGACGGUGGAUUUUAAGCAGCAAUAACUUGACACUCAAUUGGGUGAAAGAAGAAGUACGUGUAUACGACGAAGGGCAAACCGCCAUCCAAACCCUUAAACUUUAUUAGAAAAUAUUUCAUGCUAUGUCAGUAACCGGGUCAUAUUCAGUCUUGGCGCGAGUUGCAUGUGAGAAAAUCAUUCCCAUACAUUAUACAAAAAAAAAACAAUUUUGGGAAUUUAUUCCCUUUUGCGUUUUGCUAGAUAUUAGCUAAGGGAAUGUGAGUAAUGGAAAAAGUGAUAAUUUGUUAAAUUUAACGUUUAUUCUAACAAAAAUAUUAGUUAAUAUUUUGUUUGUUGUUAAAAGAUUUAUAUUUAAUAUUGUUAUAUGCAUAUGUAGUUGGAUUGUAGUGAUACAGCGAUUUCAUAGAAGCUAACAAACAUACCUAUGAAAAGAAAUAGAAUUAAACUAUCCAAAUUUAAUAGAAAAGAAUUAUGCAAAAUAUUAUUCAUAACAGUAUUGAACGUAAAAAAAUAUUGUCAUUAAACACAAGAUAAUGUUUCGUAGGAUUGGUAAAAGUUCCAUUAAAGUGUCGUUUGUGAUUACAAUAGGGAAAUGUGCAAAAGCCCGAAAAACGUAUAUUAUUUGAUUAUAUAUGUUUAUAUGUAUACAUAUAUUUUUAUUUGUGUUCUGUACAUUUCCAAGUGAGAACUUAAGACUAUACAAAUUUUAAAGUAAAUUCAAAUAGAGUAAUAUUAAUAUAAAAACUGUUGAAAAUUUGGACCAAAGAUUUUUAAAUUGUAAUUCAAACACAAUAGAGGAAUAGCUUUUGCUAAUCCUAACUUAACUGCAAAUUAAUUUCCUUUUGAUUUCAGUUAGCGUCUAAGAAACAAGUGAAGUUUAUACAUUAAUAUAACUUUAAAUGUAUAUUAAAGUGUGUAAAUACUAUACUAAUGGGACCAAACUUAAAGCUAAGAUAAUUUUGAUUGAAAGAGUGUCACUAUUUGUGUGUUUCAAGUGCGUUUUCGUGUGUGAAUAUAUGGAAAUCUAACGCAUAUUGAGCGGCUAAUAGAAUUUAGUAGUUUAGUGGUAAAUCGAAUUUGUUACGAACAGUUUGUGUUUCUUCGUAGGUAUUUAUUUUAACUUUCCUUUUUAAACAAAUUCAAUUAUGGAUUAUUUACAUGUGUUUAGAAACAGAUUGAAAACGCUUCGAAAGGAUUUGUAUGCGAUUUAUAAAUUUUAUAACCCCUAAUAUAUAAACCGAAAAUCUUGAUAAAAUCUAAAUUAAAUUUUUAUUAACAUAUACAUACAUAAUGCAUAUUUUUGGUUUUUUUUUACAUCUGCCAAUGCAUCAUUCAUUAUACAUAUGUUGGCCAUAUUGCUUGCAAGAACGUCACAACACGCGAUGCGUUUUUGGUGUUCCAAGAAGAUUUUGUUGAAUAAUAAAAUUUUGUAGCAAACAAAAAGUGUUAACAGCCUUACUAUCUAGCCCGGACGAUAGGCCCCACGAACGAUUCGUUUUCAACAUGUUGUUGUUGUUGGCGUUGUUGUUGUUGUUGUUGUUGUCUAGCCAGUUGCAACGUAAUCGACGUAAAGCAAGACGAAGAACAACGAUGGUGUCAAAAGUGCGGCCUAACGUUCGGGAUAGAUAAUAAGGCUGUAACAGAAAUAUUAAUGUUUUUUUUUUUAAAUAAUCAGUUUAUGUGCUAUAGAAAAUAACCUA